AUGCAGCAGCUGCUGGAGCAAUGUGGUGACGUCCAGGCUUUCCGUCGAGCGACGGAUGCAGAAGGCAAGGCCAUGAGCUUCGGCGUGGCGCAGUUCGCGGACCCGGAGUCUGCGUGGAAAGCGGCCACCUGUCUCUCAAAGAGAAGGGUCGGUGGGCAGGACAUCAAGGUUCUCAUGGAAGAGAACACCGAAGCUUUCAUCCUGAAGUGGAAGGCGUCGCAGAAGGCCGUGUUCAGAGUCAGCACGGACGACGAGUUGGAGUGGGAGCUGGAGCGCAAGGCGGUGAGCUGCAAGGCCAUGCUGGACGCCAAGCUGGAGGAGCUGUUUGGCUCCGCCGACACUUCCUCAGCGAAGCAGCGGAGAAGGGAGCUGCGGGAGAGGGAAGAAAAGCGAGUGGAGCGCUCCAAGAAGCGAAAAGCCUGGAGAGAGGCAGAGUUCUUACAGGAGCUGGAGAGAGUGGAGGCCUCAGAGCGGCUGCUGCGGGAGGCGGAGCGGAAGCGGGACGACGCAGACCGGGAGAAGGAGGACCAGGAGCUGCAAGAGAAGCAGCGGAAGGAGAUGAAGCUGGGGAAGGUGGAGGGCGAGCACGGUGUGCGCACGCUCAACGUGACCCAGCUGGUAGACAACCGGGCGCUCAUGGAGAUGGUGCACAAGGUGCAGGAGGAGCCCAGAGAAGAGCUCUUCACCAUGAAGAUAGAUACCGCAUAUCUGCGCAACGAGCGCAUCAUGGAGAGGAAGCUUAGGCCUUGGCUGGAGCGGAAGACAGACCUCUACAUGGGCGGCCAGACUUCCGACCUUGUAGAGCUCAUCAUCCGCCGCGUAAACGGCGCGGUGCAGCCAGAUCCCCUCAUCGCAGAGCUAGAGAGGUUUUUGGAUGAGUAUGCGGAGCCGCUGGUGGAGCGGCUUUGGCGCAUGUUGGCCUUGGAGCUGAUGCAGAGCGGCAUGAUGCUGCCCAGCGUGGUGAAGCGUCAGAAGAAGGAGGAAAUCAAGGAGGAGAAGCUGCUGUGA